AUGCUGUUGUAUUUUUGUUUCUUCGUUUUCCUCGUCUAUGGCGCAAGAAGUGGCGACGACAAGGCGAUAGAAAACUGCAAUAUACAAGUGGGACAGCAUCAGCGACCAACUGUCGAUCCAAGUCGUUGUGCACACAUCGAUUCACCUGCUUGUACUGCAAUAUUUCCAUACCAUCCGCCCAACAAUGCUGGUGCAACGAUCGCGACUCACUUCAAUCCGUAG